CCCCGCGGGCCUGCGCUCCCGAGCCGCGCACACACCACCCCAGGCCCGGGAGCCGACCCUGGGAAGGGACGCUCCCACCGGGUCCCCCGACACGCGGCUGCUCUAAGGAACCAUUGGCUGGGAAAUAACAACAGCAAACCCCACAUAGGAAACAGCACCUUGGAUCCACAUGGAGAGGACCACGCCACGGUGGGCUCCAGGAGGAGUGUGAUGGCUCAGAUGUCCAGAACGAACCACACUUCUUCACAAGUUCCAGACCACCUCACGCUCCCAACCGAAACGUCAGGUGCCGAGGGGAGGACUGCAUCUUCAAGUAGAACAAAUGUCACCCUUUGGUCUGCCAAGGAUUCCCCUGAGAUCAGAACAGCUGUGGCUUCUCAGGGUGCCACCUCAUCUUCUGGAAACAUAAAGGAGGUUACCAACACUGCUCCCGAAAGCCAGACGAAGAGCCACACUGCUACCGCAUUCACCAACGGAGUCCCGAGGAUGCUGCGGUCUCUGGCUGUCAGUAUGGGGCUUGUAAAUGAGACGGAAGGCCCCACAGAGGAUUCCAGAACUUCAGCCUCAGGCUAUUCUUCACCCUCUGUGGUAGAAACCAGUAAAGUAACUGAGGAUCCAGGAGAGGGAGAGUUCACUGAACCAUCCACAGAAAAUGAAUUUGGCCUUACGCCUCUACAAGGGCAAAGUGAUUCCCCAACCUUCGGAGGACCUCAGCUUGCCAGCAGCUCUGAAGCAGGAAGGGGACGUCCCAUGCUCAGAGAGAGCACAGCUCCCUGGGGCUUGACCAACAGCGAGACAGCGACCAACGUGACAGAAAGCUCUGUGUCACAUCUGGAUGUCGCGAAUUCUUCAGUUUUGACUCAGCUCUCGGGUGGUAACUCAGGGUCGGGUGAAAGAGGUUUCUCAGAGUCCUCAGCUACAUCUUCCUCAGAAAGCCUGGACUCCUCUGUCCCACUUGGAGAACGUUCAACUCUGGAAGACACUGUGGCUCUCAGUGACAGUUCUGACUCAGAGGAGGGCACUUCCUGGGCACGAUCCCAUGGCACGCACACUUCGGCUACUCUGACCAGAAGUGGGGAGCGCACGCUGCGUUCUCUCAGCCUCACGGACGCAGCGACCUCUGCAGAGGUGGGCAGUGCUGCCCGCUCCACUCGGCGCCGCAAUGUGACGGAUCACACGGGACUGCUGCCCGGGUCAUCUGCUGUCCAGCCUGCCCUUGGAGUCACUGGACUUAGCUAUGGUCAAUCGAGUGGCACAGACACUGAGCAGAGGACGUCUGGUGACCACACGGACCGCACAUACAUGUCAUCUGCUGCCACCAAAGAAGCACGCGUGUUACCACCCAUUACCGAUAAUGGCUCGUCCUCAAAUGUCAGCGAGAGCGCCAUGGCUUCUGUUGAGACCUCAGACGCUCUCUAUUCAGACUAUCCUUCCCCUUCUCAGACUCAGACAGAAAGAAGUGGCCUGUCCUCCGACGGUGGCACGCAUGCUCAGUCGUCCACCGAGGCCCUGGGUCCCCACACAUCCAGCCUGCCAUCGUACACAUCCACCAUUCACGUGCCCAACACUUGGGUGCAUCUGCAUGCCAGCACUGACUCUGUUGGCGACUCAUCUUCCUCGGGGGCCCCUUUGCCUUUACCCUCAGCGUCACAGUCACGCCAGCUGUUCUUAUCAACCUUACCAUCGAUCAGGUCUUCCACAAGCCAGCUAAAGUCUACCUCGGAGGCAGCUGUUGUUUUAUCUUCCUCGACGUCACCUUUUCCAAUAUCCUUAGUAGCCUCUACCCCUGUUCCACGUUCUGUCUCCCAGACAGCCUUCCCACAUUCAUCCUCUACCCUAGGCUUACACAGGACAAGGGAGACACAUGUGACGUCAGUCCAGACGUCAACAGUGGCAUCAGCCAUAGGCGCGUCCCACAGUAACCAAACGGCAGACUCCAAAAGCCAGAGCACCCUAUACCAAGAGAAGACUGUCACAGAAGCGAGGUCACCAAGCCUUGUGUCUGCGCCCACGGCUUCCACCAAAGCGGUAACAAGCUUUCUGCCAGGGGUCCCUGUGAGCCCAGCCUUCACGGGAUCCUCCACCAAGCCAGCCCUUGCAGCCACAAGUGCCAGCUUAGCACCAGUGUCUCCAGCAUUGAUAACCACCAUGCCCCAGACCACUGUCCCUCCUGUGACCAAUCCCAGCACGCUGUCAAGCACAGAAGCUCUGAUCCCUAGCUCUGUGUACACAACAGCUGGAAAACAGCUCUUGCCAGCCCAUCCUGAAAUCUCCACAGAAAGUGCUAGCUCCACAGAGCGGAACCAAGGCCACGUGGACGCUGCCACCAGCUUGAUCCCUCCAACCGGUGCUCCCACACCGGCGGAAGACUCAGCCACAAGGCUUGGCAUGACGGAAGAGUCCAGCCCAGACUCGCGUUUCCUGCCAACAUCUCCUUCACCUCAGACCACAGAUGUUUCUACGGCGGAUGUGUUGACUCCCAAAUCUACCACCGUUGCUGCUCAAAGCACUCCACAGUCGCCAACAGCACUGUCACAUCCGGCCUCAGCCAACAGCUGUGCCACGAACCCUUGUCUUCAUGAUGGCAAAUGCGUCGUGAACCUCAGCCACCGUGGUUACCGAUGUGUGUGCCCACCUUCCUGGCAAGGGGACAACUGCAGCGAGGAUGUGAACGAAUGCCUCUCAAACCCUUGUCCACCCCUGGCCAUGUGCAACAAUACUCAGGGAUCUUUUAUCUGCAAAUGCCCGGUUGGCUACCAGUUGGAAAAAGGAAUAUGCAAUUUGGUUAGAACCUUCGUGACAGAGUUUAAAUUAAAGAAAACUUUCCUCAACACUACUGCGGAAAAGCAUUCAGAACUACACAAAGUCGAAAAUGAGAUCACCAGAACGUUAAAUAUGUGCUUUUCAACGUUACCUGGUUAUAUCCGAUCUACAGUUCACGCAGCUAGGGAGUCCAAUGCAGUGGGGAUCUCACUGCAAACCACCUUUGCCCUGGCCUCCAACGUGACGCUGUUUGACCUGGCUGAUGGGAUCCAGAAAUACGUCAACUCCUGCAGGUCCUCCGCUGAAGUCUGCCAACUCUUGGGGUCUCAGAGGCGGAUCUUUAGAGCUGGCAGCUUGUGCAAGCGGAAGAAUCCAGAAUGUGACAAGGAGACCUCCAUCUGCACUGACCUGGACGGCAUCGCGCUGUGCCAGUGCAAGUCCGGCUACUUUCAGUUCAACAAGAUGGACCACUCCUGCCGAGCCUGUGAAGAUGGAUAUAGGCUUGAAAAUGAAACCUGUAUGAGUUGCCCGUUUGGCCUGGGUGGUCUCAACUGCGGAAACCCCUAUCAGCUCAUCACCGUGGUGAUUGCAGCAGCUGGAGGAGGGCUGCUUCUCCUCCUGGGCAUUGCACUCAUUGUUACCUGUUGCAGAAAGAGUAAAAACGACAUAAGCAAACUCAUCUUCAAAAGUGGGGACUUCCAAAUGUCCCCAUAUGCCGAGUACCCCAAGAACCCUCGCUCGCAAGAAUGGGGCCGAGAAGCUAUCGAGAUGCAUGAGAACGGAAGCACCAAGAACCUCCUGCAGGUGACCGAUGUGUAUUACUCGCCCACAAAUGUAAGGAAUCCUGAGCUUGAACGUAAUGGACUGUACCCAGCCUACACUGGAUUGCCUGGAUCGCGGCACUCUUGCGUUUUCCCGGGACAGUACAACCCAUCUUUCAUCAGUGAUGAGAGCAGGAGGAGAGACUACUUUUGAGUCCAGGAGACAGAUAGAGGCCCAUGUCUCUGAGCCACUUCCCAGGACUCCUGGCUCCGAGGACUGUACCAGGAGGGAGCUAGGACUUGUCAGCCACGCCCGAGGGGCAUGACCACAGUGGAAGGGGACAGACGGAUGUGGCACUACAGGCUUCUCUUGGGGCACUUUUGUUGUUACUGUGAACAUGAUGUGGGCCAGUACCGAGUCUCUUUUAAGUCCCCGCGACAUGGCACUGGCCGACGGGAGCCACACUGCAGACAGACCACUAGGUAUUCCCGCAAGGACCCAGUUUCCCCUUGGUUUGCACUUUAGUAAAUUGGGCAGGAAGGUUUCCUUUUGGAUUUGUUUCCACACUGUUCUGUAAAGGCUUCCUCUCCCGAGAGAUUUCCAUAGGCCUCGGUUUGGCAGUUGACUUUCAGCCAGAUGCUGGCUCCUCGCUUUCCUGCCUGGCACCCACGUGCUGAGCAACAGAUGGGGUGAACAUACCACUAUGAGCUAAAAAUACUCCUGUCAAAUACACAGUAUUUCAGCGUUUCCAGGUUGUCUGCGCUAGGUUCCAAGCCAAGCCCCUAAAUGAGGAAGUGACAUUUGUGAGGCACAGCGUACAACUUCUGUUUGUUUUGUGCGUCAAGGUGACUGACACGGGAUUUAAGGUCUCCCCCCCCCCUGCUUUUAGUGAAGUCUUACUUUUGCAGGCAAGUAUGGAUCGAUUCGCACUUGGUUGUAGUUAGAAGCACCCAGCUACCCCAUAGUGAAGCCCAGUAGGUAGAAUUGGGCCGUGCUGGUAUGUAGCAGAGAAAUUUUUCAUCUGUGAGGCGAUUACAUGAGGCCUGGGACUCUGGCCACCAACGUGGAGACUGGACACUACUCAGAUGGACAGCUGACCACAAGUGGGUGGGAGCUGGUGUCUCACCUCUAAAGGAAAAGCAAGUUGUCAUAUCCCAGCAGCCCAAGGCGCUGAGAAGAAUGGACCAAACAAAAUGCCUAUAUUUCCUGCCUGGCAGUGCUUUGAGAAGCUAUGAGGAAUCCCGCCAAAGGCUAGGGAACUAGAAAUGGAGACACAGGUGAGCGUGCUUACCAGCUAGUGUUUGAAACCAUUACAUCGUCCACAAACUCAGCGUCAACUUUGGACCACUCAAAGAUAUUUAUUCACAGAAGAAAGAAUUUAUUUUCUCUUACCUGGCCGUUGCUUCCUCUUUGGUUCACUGUAUGGUACUCUUCAGAGACCCACUUACAGUUCAAGUCAGCAUUGGAGAACUAAAGUGUGGCCAGCUAGGGAUCAGAAAGCUUACUUUUGGGAAGGAAAUCCCAUAUGUCUUGUCAAUGGGUCUGUGACAGAGUCCUGCAAGGGACCUGUCCAAUGCCCCCCCCUUUUUUUUUCACUGCUCCCUGAGGAACUGUGUACAUUUGUCAGCUUGUGGAACAUUCUGGUUUGAGAUGACAGUCAAAUAACUGUCCCCACUCUGAAGCCGGGAUCUCGGUGGGUGACACGUGCUUCUGGAAAAAGGUGCUGCCAUCGGGGACAGUUCUGCCCUGAAUAUGUCUGUCUGUCUGAGGUUCUCUCGCAGCCUCACAACAUGUGCAGUCCUCAUCCUGUGUGUAAGUGUGAAUCCUGCGUCCCAACCCCCACCACCCACCGUCGCCUGCUAUAGCAGGACCACUGGCCAGGUGCAAUGAAUCUCAGUAAUAAAAACCGUGCUCAUCUCGUAA